AGCCGCAAAUCGCAUAUGCUUUGCUUCGGCCAUCGAAAUCUUCAACUUUGAGCAAUGGCGCCACUUGACUUCCUGUCCGAAUUCCGAGCCCGAGAGGGAGUGAAUAACCAUUCGAAAGGAAAAUGGUACAUUCUUGCAGCUGCAGGUCUUGCUGCUGCAAAUAAGGGCGAGCUCAUGCCAGAGCUCUAUCGCUUGGCGACAGUCGAUCUGCCCGUUGAAGAUAGAAAAGUAGUCCAACGAAGGAUUAAAGAGGCGCUGUUGAAAGGAGCUGUGCUUUAUGGCAUCCCUCGCUCUGGACAGGCUCUAGGCCCUCUUUUCCAGGCUCUACCGCCUGAUGAGAUUGACCUCUACGCCCCAAGAACGCAGGCAAUGAACACUGAAGGCGAGAGUGAGAGGAGAGUCAAAAGAGGCCGAAAGUACUUCGAGACACUAUGGACACCUGGUCCAGCGCAGGGAAUGAUAGACCGAAUCAUGAUGUAUCAUCCAGACCACUACCUCCUUGACGUCAAGACGAUCUACGAGUUUUGGAUUAGCGAUGAUAGUAUUUUGUCGAAUAUUGAGACGCAGAUGUGUAAUACUACUUUGCUCACAUGCUGGAAUGCUCCUGUUCAAGCGAUGUGGCAUACACGGGGUGUUGUUCGUUAUAGUGGGACUUUAGAUAAGGCUCGUUUUGCUCAAGACAUGGGCCUAGCCAUUGCUCGCCAGUUUGACAUUCAAACGGGUGAUAUCACUAUGGUGGACGAUAUUGUAUUCUGACAAACCCUCAUAUAGAAAACGAAUUGGAAUGUGGAACAAAAUCAUGUUUUGAAGCGGAGAUAGUGUUGAAUGAGUAGAUUUUGU